CGGGAGUUGAUCCAGGACAUUGCCUCCAGAUAGGAGGAGGAUACUCUAGACCAACCCAUGGGCUAACUAGGCCAAGGUCGACAUCCGAUAGCUGUUCACAUAUGCAGACGCUUAUCUGCGGACUUGCUAAGGUAGGGGACGAGUACUAAAUCCUCAGUGGUCCCGCAUCGAGUGCCUUUCCCAUUGUCCCCUCUUCUCAUAUCGCAAGCCAGCGCAUCGCGUUGAGGCACGAUUGCAAGUUGCCUCGAGAAGAAAGGAGUCACAUAAUUUGGUCCAUCAUGGCGCCCAAUCCGGAUAUUGGUCAUGUCUCCAGUGUCGAGGAGGACAGCAUAGUCGAAGACAAGGAGCAGCUCAAGAUUGCGGCCGAUGGCACUGUCGUCGACCAUGGUCUGCACCGAGCGUUGAAACAGCGCCAUCUACAGAUGAUCGCUCUCGGUGGGGUGAUCGGGGCCAGCAUCUGGUAUGGUACCGGGCUAGCCAUUACAGAGUCAGGUCCGGUUGGUGCAUUUAUCUGCUUCAUUAUUAUCGGCAUCGACGUUUUCUUCGUCAUGCAAAGUCUCGGGGAGCUGUCAACAAUGUAUCCGACCACGGGUGCCUUCACCGAACUCGCUGGGCGUUUCAUUGACCCUGCCGUCGCCGUGGGGCUGGGGUGGAAUUACUGGUACUUAUGGGCUUCGAACAUCGCCGCCGAGUACAACCUCAUCAGCAUAGUGAUGAGUUACUGGACGGACAAAGUCCCCUCCUAUGGCUGGAUCUUGAUCGCCUGGGCCUUCUACCAAUGCAUAUCCUUCUUCGGCGUCAUCGUAUACGGCGAAAUGGAGUUCUGGCUGGCCCUCUGGAAAAUAAUAUGCGUGCUGGUCACCUUCCUCCUCACCAUUCUCUGCAACACAGGCGCAAUCGGUGGAGACUACAUAGGUUUCCGGUAUUGGAAGGAGCCUGGGCCUAUCGUGAACGGCAUCAAUGGGUUUGGGCAAUCCUUCGUCCUUGCUGCCGUUUACUACUGUGGCACUGAACUGGUUGCCAUCACGGCUGGAGAAAGCCGUCGGCCCAACAAGGAUGUGCCAAAGGCCAUCAAAGCAACCCUGUUCAGAGUCGUGUUCAUAUACUGGGGUCUGAUCUUUUUCGCCGGGAUCAGCGUGGCUUCGGACGAUCCAGCCAUCCUGACUGCCACAAGCCGUACUGGUAUGUCGCCGUUUAGCAUUGCGCUUCAGCAUGCGGGCUGGUCGCACGGGCCGGACCUAAUCAAUGCCUUCAUCUUCACAGCCACAUUCUCCGCAGUCAACUCGUCCAUCUACAUUGCCUCACGCACAUUGUACUCUCUUGCAGACUCCGGUCUUGCACCGAGAUUCCUGGCCAAGACUGGGUACAGGGGAGUCCCAAUCUACGCAGCCAUUGUGUCCAACGCCGUAGGCCUAUUGGCCCUGAUCAACGUGGCCAGUGGGGCAGGGAAGGUCUUCAAUUACAUGAUCGAGCUCUCUGGUGCCGCGACGUUCAUCGCGUGGGCCUGCAUUGGCAUCACACACAUCCGAUUCCGCCGCGCCUGGAAACUUCAGGGCCACACGGUUGACGAGCUACCAUUCCACGCGUUUUUGUAUCCGUGGGGUGCAUAUUUCAUCAGCGCACUGAACGUUUUCUUGCUCUUCAUCCAAGGGUACGGGACACUGCUUACUCCCUUCAAGCCCGUCGACUUUGUCUUCUCGUACAUUGUCAUUGCCCUCUUCAUCAUCCUCCUGGCAUUCUGGAAAGUCUACAAGAGGACAAAAGUGGUCAACCUGGCCGAAGUUGAUUUGCAGUACGGCCGCAGGACUUACUUGGCCGGCGCGGAUGAGUCUGAGGAGAAACCAUCGAUCCUCACCCGGGCAGCAAGGUCAAUUGGGAGACGCUUUCACGCUUGAAAUCGCGCUGAGCCAUGGCUGUGUGUUCGACGGCAUACAGAGAUCUAGGCUGAAUGGAGUAGAAUUGAUUGGUCGCAAGGAUGUCGGUCAGCCUUGGUUAACGUGUCCUAUGCCGUUGAAGAGAUGAUAAGACCAAGAACAAGAUCAGAGGAAGAGCGGCCUGUAGAUGAUUUAUCUCUCGAGCCUGUACACUUUCGACAUUCGACAUGCGACAUGUCUGCCUGGAUAGUCGCGAGCUCCUGUUCAAUACGAGUCUUGCAGUUGCAGAUAAAAUAACCUCCUC